UGUCAUUGUCAAACAGCUGCCAGUGUAGGUUGUGGAUCGAUUGUUUUGAUCAGUGUUUUUUUACAUCAAAAGUUAAAUUUAUUAUCAAUUUUUUUUAUCAGUUUUGAUUCAUCUAAACACCUCUGGGCCGGGUGCCCACCUUGUUCCCUGAUUUGUACCCUUAAAAUUUACUAAACAUGCCGGGAACCAAUCUAAUAGUUCCAGUAGUGCUGUGGGGCAAGCACGCACCCACUCACUGCAUCUCCUCAGUAUACCUGUCGAGAGAUCAAAAGACCCUUGUCACUGGUUGCUACGAUGGCCAGAUAUGUAUAUGGCAGUCAGAUCCGGAAACGCUGAAGAUGACUCCGCGGUGUCUGCUUGUUGGUCACACAGCUCCAGUCACAUGCCUAUCAAGGGCUUCGAUUAUACAGGAUAACAACUUCAUAGUGAGCUCAUCGGAAGCCGGUGAGAUGUGCACUUGGGAUUUGGUCGAUGGGAAGUGUAGGGAGAGUGUCAAAUUGACUCAGGUCCAUACGAACAUUCAGGCCUAUCAUAUGUGCAAUAGUGAGGAUCUACGCCUCUUCUGCAACGGCUACUACGCCGAGAUACUAAUAAUGGAUCCUUUCUCGUUGGAAAUACUGUUCUCUUUGAGCUCAAAGAUGAAUCCCGAUUGGAUAUCGGCUUUGCACGUGCUGCGUCCGUCGUCACGUAAGGACGAUGUUGUCCUCGCGAUAUCAAUCACCGGCACUGUCAAAGUGUGGUCGCUGCUCGGCCACGAGAACAAACAGUCCGAGCCGAUAUACGAGAACGAAUCCAAGCAGAUCCGUUGUCUGAACGCGCUCUCGCUGAACUGCUGCGCGUACAACCAGCGCACCGUCCUCAUUGUCUGCGCCAAGUACUGCCAGAUAUACGAUGCAGGGGAUUUCUCAGUUUUAUGCUCGAUCCAAGCACCGUCAGGCGAGCGUUGGAUGUCAGGGGAUUUCCUGGCCCCGGACAGAGUCCUCGUCUGGUCAACCGAAGGCAAGGGAUAUCUUUAUAAGCUACCCGCCAACAAACUGCGUGGAAAAGCUAUCAAUAGUUCGGUUCCCGAUCAUAAAGGUUUCCACGGCCCGACUGUGGCCCACGACAGCCCGGUGCUUUUCGGGAUAUUGUCACAUACGGAUAAUGAGUUACUUUCCUGUCCACCGGCGAUGCGUUUCGUGAUAACCUCAUCAGGAGGACGCCAGCGCAGACUGCUCUUGAGGGGAGACUCGGCCGGAGUUGUCUCAAUUUGGAAUGUCGACGACGCCGCCACUCCGGACCUCAACAAAGUUAACACGUACGCCCCUCUGGUGCUGACGAGCAUGGAAAUAGCGUGGUCGGACAUGAACCCGAGUCCUGUCGGAAUCCUGGACCAACUACACGUCCCUGACGAGUCUGAAAUCAAACUGACCGCUUCGAUAUACCUGAUGGCGCUGAACCGCCUCGUGGUCGGCAGGGAGGACGGCUCCAUCGUGAUCGUGAACGCGACCCACACCGUCCAGCUUCAGCUGCUGCACGGCAGACACCAGCAGCUAGAUGAUUGGCCACCUCAUCAGCUACUGUUGGGUCACAACGGAAGGGUCAAUUGCUUGUUGUACCCACACCACGUACACCAGAGGUACGACAGAGCACAUCUGGUGUCGGGUGGGAUCGACUUCGCGGUCUGCCUGUGGGACCUCUUUAGUGGAAGCCUGCUGCACCGCUUCUGCGUGCACGCCGGAGAAAUAGCUCAGCUGAUCGUACCCCCCCACAAUUGCAGUCCUCGGAUCCAGAAAUGCAUUUGCUCAGUGGCGUCCGACCACAGUGUGACUCUGCUCAGUCUAGCCGAGAGGAAGUGCGUGACGCUGGCCUCUCGGCACCUGUUCCCGGUCGUGACGAUAAAGUGGCGACCGGCCGACGACUUCAUGGUGGUCGGCUGCAGCGAUGGAACCGUCUACGUCUGGCAGAUGGAGACGGGACACCUGGACAGAGUGCUGCAUGGUAUGAUAGCCGAAGAGGUCUUGGCUGCUUGCGACGAGACUCUGUCUGAUGACCUCGGGGGCUCGAUGUCCAGCGGCUCCGGGGACCUGCAGGGCCUGGCCAAUCCCGCCGUGCAUUUCUUCAGGGGCCUCCGUCACCGGAACCUGACGGCCAUGCGCGCGGCCACGCAGCGCGGGCUGGCGGCGCUGCAGCACGCGGGGCCGGCCGCCGCGGGCCCGCUCGCCGCCCCCGCGCGCCCGCGCCCCGCGCCCCUCACCGUGCAGCCCUUCCGCUCCAACCCGAAAGAUCCCGAAAGCCACAUUCUGUUCUUCGAUAUCGAGGGUCUGAUCGUGGAGCUGCUGAGCGAGGAGUACUCCGCGAUGAGUCCGGCCAGUUUGGAGGCCGCCGGCCUGAUAUCCAGCGAAUACAUGAAGGCAGCGGCUUUGACCCAGUCUGCGAGUCCUGACGCCACCAAACGCAUUUCUGACUUCUUCGGUCGAGUGAAAGACAAGGCCGGCGAUAUGGAACGUAUAUUGAAAGAGAAGGACAAGCACGGUAUCUUGGCCAAGAUGAAGGAGGGCGCGGAAACCGUUCAGACCAAGCUACAGGCGAAAGCGGAACAGUUAAAAAACCACCUCGAUAAUAAAGAUGACGGUACAACUCCGAAGAAGCGUCCCAAAGAGAUGUGUCUCUCAGACGCUCCCCACACAAUGGAGAUCGCCCAGAUACUUGUGUCGCUGCUGCACGCCUGGGGUCUCGACCCUGACCUGGACAGGGUCUGCGAGUCGAAGCUCGGUCUAUUAAGACCUAUGGUCCCGGUGUGCUUCGGCGUGGUCUCCCGACACGGCCACAUGGCUGUCCAGCUUCCGACUCGCCUCAUCAGCUGGACGGAGGCCUGCGCUGCCGCGCCCGACGACCCGCUACUCGUAACCUCGGAUCUACCACCGGAACUAUUGACCCAGGAAAAACUUACCAGGCUGUUCUCUUCGAAGCUACACUGGGAGUUGAGCACGACGCUGACCACGAACCAUUUGCUGUCCAUCGUGGCCUUAGCCAACACCCUCAUGUCGAUGAGCAACGCCAGCUUCCUACCAGAAUCGGAGAUGGCGCGGAGAUUGCACAGACCUUCGACCCGAAGCUCUUCUUCAUGGGCGGCGGAGGAAGAACGUGAGGAACAGCUAGCAGCCCAGCAGGCCCACAUCAAGCAGGGCUGGUCGUUACUCGCCACGCUCCAUUGCGUAUUGCUCCCUGACAAAGUCGUUGCAACCGGAGCGAAGAACUUCAAGCGUCCCCAAGUGGAGAUGCUGGCGCGCAGGUGGCAGCAUCACUGUCUGGAAGUGAGGGAGGCAGCCCAGGCUCUACUCCUAGCUGAAUUAGCAAGGUUGGGUCCGAAGGGUCGCAAAGCCCUGGUCGACAACUGGGCCCAGUAUCUACCUCUGUACACGCACACAGAGAGCAUCAACCCUCAUGCGGCGCAGAAGGAACCGGCCGAGAAAUUGGCCAAAACGGUCGAUGAGUUUGACGAGGAAGAAGAAGAGAUAGUCCGGAAGCCAUCUUCCCUCGCCGAGCUGAAGCGGAAACAGACAACGGCCGUGGUCCUGCUCGGAGUCAUAGGGGCGGAGUUCGGACAGGACAUCACAAGCGAAGGUGCGGCCGGGAACAAGCGCCGUAAGGAUGUCGACAGCAGGAAGAGUUCGGUUGUAGAAGGAUUCACGCUAAGCUCUUCGAAUAACUUGGCCCGUCUGACUGCACUGGCCCUGACGCACUUACUGCAGGCGCCCGCGUGUCCCCGCCUGCCAGCCCACACGCCCCUGCGGCGUGCCGCUGUUGAUCUGCUGGGGAGGGGCUUCACAGUUUGGGAACCAUAUUUGGAUGUCAGUCACGUUCUUUUAGGUUUGCUGGAGAUGUGUUCGGACGCGGAUAAGUUGGUUCCGUCGAUGACGUACGGUCUCCCGCUGACCGCGCAGGCCGACUCGUGUCGCACGGCGCGACACGCGCUGACACUCAUCGCCACCGCCAGGCCGGCGGCGUUCAUAACAACGAUGGCCCGCGAGGUGGCGCGGUGCGCGGCCGCGGCCCAGAGCGGACAGCCCUCCCCGGCGUACCACGCGCUACAGAAGGGCAGGGCCGAGGUGCUCCGCGGGAUCGAGCUGCUCAUUGAGAAGAUGCACAGCGAGGUCGCCGAACUGCUUGUCGAGGUGAUGGAUAUAAUCCUGCACUGCGUGGACCAGUCGCACCUGAAGAGUAAGGGUUUGAACGAGGUGUUCCCGGCCAUCUGUCGGUACAACCAGGUCUCGCACUGCCCAGCAACCCGGAGAAUUGCGGUCGGCAGCCACACUGGGCAGCUAGCGCUAUACGAGCUGCGGGCGGGGCGCUGCCAGUCCCUGGCCGCACACAGCGGGCCCGUCACCGCCUGCGCCUUCAGCCCCGACGGCAGAUACCUGGUCUCCUACGCCACGACCGACAACCGACUCUCCUUCUGGCAGAGCACCUCUGGUAUGUUCGGUCUGGGCGCGGCGCAGACCCGCUGCGUGAAGUGCUACAGCACGGCGCCCAUGGCGGACGUGGCGCGGCUGAACCCGGCCCGCCUGGCCCGCCUCGUGUGGACCAACUCCAGGACCGUCACCCUCAUGCUGGCCGACGGCUCCGAAACCCGGUUCAAUGUUUGAACGAUCCGACCCGGAUAUUCCAGACCCGUCGUUGCAAUUAGCAACACACGCCACCACAAAACGUAUUUGUUAAAACGCAAUCGCCAUGUCUAUAUAUCGUCAUUGUCAAACCAAAAUCUGCUGCUAUGUGCACUUUUUGAGAUUUUUACUUUUUGACCUUUUCGUAUAGUUCACAGCCCUAUCUACCGUAUAAAAUAAAUAAACAAUAGUUAAAAAAACUAAAAAACACGCUUUAUAUAAAAUUCAAUUAAAAAAUUGAAAAUAUUUUUUUAAGAUAUUAUCGAAAUAAUAAUUCUUCUACAAUAUCUGUCAGAAUAAUAUUUAUAACUAAUAACACCAUGCACCCCACACUUUUUUUAUAAUAAAAUAUAUAUUUUUUUACACUAUUUUCAAUUUAAAUUUAUUAAAAUUUAUUUUCUAUUUUUUAGUUGGGUUUUAUAUAAAGCGUGUUUUUUAGUUAUUUUUUUUUUUUGCAAAUAUAAAUAAUGAAAUAAUCUUAUCAAAUUAGUAUAUUGUCAUCAGUCCUCCAUAAAUCUACAAAGUUUGAAUGAAAUCUGGCCGUUUAAAGUGGGUCAAAAUCGCGUCUAAAGGAGUCAGUUACAAACAUACAUACAAGUUAAGAUAAUAUUUUAUAAAGGUUGUACAAAACUGUCAUGUGUUUCAUUAAAAUCUAUAUAUAUAUAUAAAAGAAAGUCGUGUUAGUUACACUAUUUAUAACUGAGGAACGGCUGAACUAAUUUGGCUGAAAAUUGGUGAGGAGGUAGCUUAAAACCAGGAGAAGGACAUAGGAUACUUUUUAUCACAUUCCCGUGGGACGCGACAUAAAACGUGGUAACUAUAACAAAACGCAUCUGAUAUGGAAUAACAAAACGCAACUGACAGCUAAACGUAAUAAUUAUAUUCUAUGGUUAAGUAUAGUAGAAUUUUGAAGUUGACCGGUUGAUGUGUUUGAAACAAACCGUGUGGCGGAACAAAGUUCGCCGGGUCCACUAGUUUGAUAUAGUUCUUAAAAAUUCACCUUCAUAUAAAAAUUUUAUACGAAAAAUGUUUUUUUUUACUCGUUAAUUCAAAAUUGAGUUUGUGCACAUAGCAGAUUUUGGUUUGACAGCGACGAUAUGUCAGUCCUUGUGAAUCUGUAUUGUUACCACUAUCGGAAGAGAUUAUCUGCCUUACUCUCAAAUAUUAGCAACUUUGAUUUCGCCGUGCACAAUAUACAAACUUAUAGUUCGAUGGCCGACACUAAAACUGUAUUUCAAUUGCAUAUAUCAAAGUAAACAUUACGCUUUAUCCAAAAUCACUUUAGAUUCUUUUUUAAUUAGCUGCAGCGAAGAAAGACUUAAGGAUGUUUAUCGGUAGCGAUCGAGUUAAAAAUGACGGUAGUCGAAAAAAGACAAAAAAUAUUUAGUGACGUCACUGCGUUAAAAAUGUGUUCUAAAAUUUUCCUACCGCGCUCCAACUUUUUAGUUAUUUCUUGCUCAGAUUCAAAUUCAAAUUCAAAAUCAUUUAUUUCAACUUAGAUGUCAGUAUGAUACACUUGUUGAAUGUCAAAAUAUAAAUAACAAUGUUAACUCUACCACCGGUUCCAAAAAAAGCCACAGUCCUGAGAAGAACCGGCGAAACAAACUCAGCGGGCUUUUUUUUUGUUUUUUCUCAAAUAUUUGGAUGAGCCUGGGAUAUCUUUUUGGUAGCGUCAGUUGGUAUAGUCGGUAAUGUUUCUAUAUAACUGUACCACGGGGUGCUAAUUUGUAUGUAGCUUGAACAUUUGUCGCUAGGGACGCUGUUCCAACUGCAUACAAAUUUGAGUUAACUUUUACGCUAUCGAAAACGUUAAAAAACUCGCACUAAACACACUGGUUGCAAGUAAAUCAACGUUAACAAUAUUUGUUGUAUGCGACAGGCGGGUAAUUAGUUUAGUCUCAUUUGUCUGUUGACUGUACAUACUCAGAGCACAAGAGAAAAUCCUACUUUGACUUACUGUUCAAUGUGGAAGUAUAAAGUUGAAGUAAUUAAAAAAAAAAAAAAAAAAUAUAACCUCAUUCUUUGAUAUUGUUAUUCCUUUAUUUUUAGCCUUAGAAAUUUUUAUUAGAAAAAUGUAUAUUAUUAAAUUAUUAAUUUUUUUUUAGAUAUUUUAUCAAUUGAUUUAUUUAUUUUAACACGACUGUCUCAAUUGGGGGCACCUUUUUUUUUGAUAUUUUUUUUUUCUCGUCUAUAUUGUUUAUUAUUGUCAAUAACAAUUGCUGUGUUUUAUUUUAUAUAAUAAUUAUAACAUUAGAAAAUAAGUGACAUGAACACAAAGCCUACAAUUUUCAUUCCAUUAAUAAAACUAAUAUAAUUUUCUUGUGCAUAUUUUUUAUUCCUUUUUAUCCGAUAGACGCAAUUAAUCAAAAUACGGAUAAAAUAUUUUUUAGUUAUUAUUGAUGCUAUUUAAAAAAAAAUACUUUACUGGUGGUAGGACCCCUUGUGAGUCCGCACGGGUAGGUACCACCGCCCUACUAUUUCUGCCGUGAAGCAGUAAUGCGUUUCGGUUUGAAGGACGGGGCAGCCGUUGUAACUAUACUGAGACCUUCGAACUUAUAUCUCAAGGUAGAUAGUGCAUUUACGUUGUGGAUGUCUAUGGGCUCCGGUAACCACUUAACACCAGGUGGGCUGUGAGAUCGUACAGCUAUCUAAGCAAAAAAAAAAUGUUUUAAUUUCUAGUGACAGUAUGUACCUGCCUAUCUUUUAUUAAAGGAUGACAGUACAAAAUUUACAUUGACAGCAUAACCUAUAAAAAUUGCAUUUUUUUCGCGGCUUCAUAAACUUACAUUUAAUACAUACAGGUAGUUUUCCAAUUACAGAGCAUAAUGCGACUCAGUGAUGCACAAUGCCGAAUUAUGCUGAUUUCAAAUGCACCAGCAGAGUGCGCUAAGUUAGCACAGUUUUAAUUAACAUUUGAUUAUUUCUAAGAAACUACGACGAAACGAAAGCCUUACAAUUUUUUUCAACAUUAAAUAAUAUUGCUAACGAUAAUAUAAACAAAAUUUCAAUCAAUGCCAACUUAAAGAAAAAACACUUGUCAAUUUUCUGUCACUGAGUCGGUAUCGAUUGCGAGUAUCACGCGAGAGCAGUACUUCUGAGAGUGCUCGAUUGUGCGAAGCGUUGCUGCAGUUGGAACAUCCAACGUUGAGCAUUAUGCCGCAUAAUGCGCUCUUGUGCUGUAAUUGGAAAACUACCACAGAAAAGCUCGCAAAUGUAUUCGGAUUGAUUUUAAAAGUGUUUAUGCUCACAUUACAGUUUUGUUUAUUUAAUUCAUAACGUAUCUAUCACAUUUGGUCGGAUUUGCUUCUAGACUUAGUAUAAAUUCGGACCUAACCAAUAUAUCUCUGUUAAAGAAAAAUUGUUAAAAAUAUAAUAAUGGAAAUUAUAAGUAUUAUUAUUGUUUUAAUAUAAGAUUAUUUAAUGAAAUGUACGAACGAUAUAUAAUAAUAAAUAUGUUGUGAAAUAUGAA